CCGAGAACGGCGGCCAGAACCGGGCUGGACAAGUAAAAUAAAGGAAGGGAAGGGAAGGGAAGGGCGAGCGUCCCAGCAGGGCGAUGAGCGACUCAGCCGAGGCUGGCGACUACGUCUCCCGUUGGGAGAUCCCGCGGCUCUUCGAGAGCAUGUUGACAGGUCUGAUGUACUACCGGCCUGAAGAUCCCAUCGGUUACCUUGAAGGAUGCUUGAAGAAGGUCCGGGCGAUGGGUGGCCUAGAGAAGCUGCAAUGGGACACGUUCCUCAGCCAAGAAGAAGUUCAACCUACUGCUAUCUUCCAGUCAGGUUCCAACUCGGCUCCGUUCAGUUCCCACCAGGACGGAUCCUCCGUGCAGAGCCAGUUCUCCAUUGAGAGCGAUUCCGAUAUGACCGAAUCCACGGGGUUGAUCCAAGAAUAUGACGCCUUUGACCCCGAACGCCCCCGUCCUAAGAUCGUUUUUGUGAUAGGGGGUCCCGGGAGUGGGAAGGGGACCCAAAGCCAGAGAAUGGCCUCCCACUUCGGCUUCGUCUGCGUCUCCGUCGGAGAAAUUCUGCGCGCUCAAAUGCUCCGCCGCGCCACCAGCGACAAGAAAUGGGAGUUAAUUGCCAAGAUCAUUGCCGACGGAGAGCUGGCCCCGUCGGAGACGACCAUCGAAGAGUUGAAGCAGCAGUUCAUCAAGCACCCAGAUGCCAAAGGUUUCGUGGUGGAUGGAUUCCCGCGAGACAUUGGCCAGGCCUUCCUGUUUGAGGAGCAGGUUGGUUCUCCAGACGUUGUGGUGUUCCUGGCUUGCUCAAAUCAACAGCUACGGCAACGACUAAAAGAACGGGCUCAGGAACAAGGCCGCUUGGACGACAACCCCCAUGGAAUUGAGCGCAGGCUGGAGACCUUCAAGCGGAAUGCUCAACUGAUUGGAAAGUACUACCAGGAGAAGGGAACCUUGGUCCGGUUCGAGGCGGACAGAGAAGAAAAUGAAAUAUUUGCUGCCAUCAGAUCCUGCAUUCAUCAACGGCUGAAGCCAGAGAGAAAAAGAAUUCCAGAUUUGACACUGCACAGUUUCUUCACUCCGUGCCAAGAUUCUCCAAAGGAAGACGAGAGACAAGAGCAGACAGACGAGUUUGUCAUCACCCCAGAACCCUUCAGAAUGGCAGCAGAAAAAUUGAAAAAUCACAAGAUCAUCUUCGUGGUGGGAGGGCCAGGUUCUGGGAAAGGAACGCAGUGCGAGAGGAUCGUCCAAAAAUAUGGCUAUACCCACUUGUCCACCGGUGACCUGCUACGAGCGGAAGUUAGCUCCGGCUCGGAGAGGGGGAAGAAGCUUUCGGCCAUCAUGGAGAAAGGAGAGUUGGUCCCUCUGGACACUGUCCUGGACAUGCUGAGAGACGCCAUGUUGGCCAAAGCAGACCAGUCCAAGGGCUACCUGAUUGACGGUUAUCCCCGGGAGGUGAACCAAGGCGUGGAAUUUGAGAAGAAGAUCGCUGCCCCCACGCUGUUGCUAUACGUGGACGCUGGGAAGGACACGAUGGUGAAACGGCUGCUGAAACGAGGAGAAACCAGCGGGCGCGUCGACGACAACGAGGAGACCAUCAAGAAGCGUUUGGACACCUAUUAUAAGGCCACCGAGCCCGUCAUCGCCUAUUACGAGAAGAAGGGGAUUGUCCGCAAGGUCAACGCGGAAGGCACCGUAGAUGAUGUCUUCAAGCAAGUCUGCACUCAUCUGGAUGUCCUCAAGUAAAACCCCCAGCUUCCCCGAGGAGCUUCAUCCCCUCCCCCUCCCAAGACUCAGAUCUGUGUAGAUGCGCCCCUCCCCUCCCACCCCCGGCCGCUCUGCCUCCCUUUUCAUCUCCAAAGACCGCUGGGGAGGAAGUGCCUUCAUCCUGUUUUCGCUGGACAGAGGCCCCAUGGAGGAAAUUUCAAGGACAAUGCGCCCAGCUUCCUUACAACCUCCUCUCGCAAAGUAAAUCUGGCUUUCGUGAGAUGAGAUGUUUUCAUCCUUUGCAUAUUUUUUUUAAAAAAAUGGAAUUUUUCACCCUCCAACAUGGCGAGCGGAGUGGAGGGGGGGGAGGAGAAAAACGUGCCUCCUCGGUCUUGUUUUCCAGGAAUGGAGAAGAAGCGCUCCAUAUCAAAUUCCAAGAUGGGUCUGAGGACAAUCUCGAACCGCUCCUGAGCUCCUCUGGAAGGGUGGACUACAGAUCCCAUCCUCCUCAAUCCGUACUCCCCAAAAACGGAUCUUGAAUCCCGGCCAAGAUCUGCAGGGGGAGUGGAAAAAAGGCUGGCUGGCUGGAGAGCGAUGGGUGUUGUAGUCUGAAAUCCUCUGGAGCAGGGGUCUCCAACCUUGGCAACUUUAAGCCUGGUGGACUUCAACUCCCAGAAUCCCCCAGCCAGCUUUCACUUGUAAAGUUGGCCGGGUUGAACCUUGCCUGCAUGUAGAAACGUAGCUUCUAAAGCAGAGGUCUUCAAACUUGGCAGCUUUAAGACUUGUGGACUUCAACUCCUGGCUUUGCUGGCUGGGGGAUUCUGGGAGUUGAAGUCCACCAGGCUUAAAGUUGCCAAGGUUGGAGAUCCCUGCUCUGGAGCAUUUCCCACCUUGAUAGGAAUAAUGCCAGAAGGCGCUUCUGAGGCUUUGAAACCACUUUUUGGAUCUGUGGUGGUUGAAAUUCUUGAACCAGGCCGAUAAAGUGGAGUUUCCUUUAGAAGGAAGCUAUAACCUGUUGGCCUGCCAAGAGAUAAGAUCCUUUAGAACGGAGGUCUUCAAACUUGGCAGCUUUAAGACUUGUGGACCUCAACUCCCAGAAUUCUCCAGCCAGCAUAGCUGGGAGUUGAAGUCCACAAAUCUUAAAAGCUGCCAAUUUUGAAGACCUCUGCUUUAGAAGCUACGUUUCUACAUGCAGGCAAGGUUCAACCCAGCCAACUUUACAAGUGACAAAUUCUUCAGUCCUUUCCUGCGUUUCUUGCUACGGUCUCAGAAGCCACAAAAAGGUACAAUAAAACAGCUUUUUCCUUAUUACAGGGAGAAAAGAGAUUUGAACCUCUUCAUUUGCCCAUUCCCUCCGGUUUUUCAAGGAGACACAAACUCCCCAAACCUUGACAGACUAGCUCAGGGGUCUCCAACCUUGGCAACUUUAAGCCUGGAGGACUUCAACUCCCAAAGCUGGCUGGGGCAUUCUGGGAAUUGAAGUCCUCCAGGCUUAAAGUUGCCAAGGUUGGAGACUCCUCGACUAACUAUCUGUCUACUAGCUGUCUGUCUACUAGCUACUAGACUAGUAGACAGGCGAUCUACUUGGAAGGAAAAAAACCCACAAAUUUUUAUCCAACCUCCAAGCUCCCCUCUGCAUUAUAAACCAAUUCCGACCAUUUCCCGGGAAGAAAAUUCAAAAGCUUGCAACUUUAAAAUUCAGAAAUCCAGCCGGCGUGCAGGCUUUCUCCCCGGGGAGAGAACAAGGAAAGGGUGUGUGUGUAUGUGUGUAUGUGCGUGCAAGGCUGUUUCCCCCCCCCAGUCUUACACACACACACGCAAACUCACACAAACACGCACACCAAGUCCCGGCUUUGUGUAUCCUUGCGUGCCGAAUUUCCUUAGCGACAAAACAUUGCUGAUCACAGGUUGCCUUUUCCCUUUGAAUCCUCUGCAAAAAUUUCUCCUUUCUUCUUCUUCUUAUUUUCCUUCUCUAAAGUAAGGGUCUGUUUUUGGGGGGGGAGGUGUUGAGAAAAAAAGAAGAAGGGGGAAGGAAGGAACCGAAGAGGAUUUUUCAGUGUCUGUGUGUGUUUGUGUGUGUUGCUUCCUUAUCUGUAAAAAUACCCUUCAAAAGCUGCUGUUUCUCCAGAUUUUCGUUUAGGGUUGCCACACGUCACAAAGGCUUUCUAAAGAUUUCUUGGCUGCUCCUUUCUCUCUCUCUCUCUCUCUCUUUAAUUUGGUCCAAAUAUUUACAAGAGGUGGGAAGGGGAGACAGCAACCCCUUCCCCGCUCAAAGUCUUAAAGGACCCGGCCUACGGUCUGAAUGUAUUUGAUCAGAUGGUUAUUAAAGAGCAUUUAAACAAAA